UUAGAUACUAGCUAUUCUGACCCAAGCAUUUAUCGGUUUGCACGUUCAUAAGAGAUAGUUAGCGCCUUAUCACUAGACUAUAGUGAUAAUCGAAGAGGUGGACAUUAUGAUUUUGCAGAAUUAUUAUCUUUGGUGUUCCUAUUAACCGUGUGGGAGCCCAAAGGUUGUGCACCUAUUAGAUGAUCGCGAAGCAAAUUUGUGAAAAAUUUCUUACGAAUCUGUAGAUGUACAAAGGCACGCAAAAGGGCUGACGUGAACAAAACGCUUUAAAGCUCCCACGUUUUCCUUUCCCUCAAGUGCGUCUCUGAAUGGGUAACAUAGAAAACGUCUCCUUUUAUUUUAGAAAGCAUUUACGAUUCCCCCGUGCGAUGGAGGGUACUCUUGAAGAAUGCAUGGAAAUGAAAGUCACGAUUCGGGAGAAAUAUGGCAGAAAGGCGUGUAGGUGAAAGCUUUUUGGCCGCGUAAAUGAUAAAGAAGCUGCUCACUAGGGACUGGAAGGCCUGAAAAUUUCACGGAGGCGGAAGCAAGUUUCUGUCGCUGAAGUUUCAGUGAAAAAGCCACUUGUAAUAGUGAAGGGUAUCUAUACACUGGAUGUUUUAAAAGAAUUGAUGAAUGGAUUAGGACAGUACUGUCAGGGAGGAUCAGUCUCAAGACAUCAUGAAGCAGCGAGUCUUACUGACUCUUGUCAAUUUGAUCACCUCCUAUACAUCUUUUCUAGCGGCUGCUGGUGCGAAAACGUCCACGAGGCAAAGAACGCAAAGCAACAAUCACAGUAACAUAAGCGAACUGCUGGACAAUCUGCUUCGUGGUUAUGAUAACAGCGUUAGACCAGACUUUGGUGGUCCACCGGCUACGGUUGAGGUCGAUAUCAUGGUACGCAGUAUGGGUCCGAUUUCUGAAGUCGACAUGACUUACUCGAUGGAUUGCUACUUUCGGCAAUCAUGGGUGGAUCGACGUUUGGCAUUUCAAGGCGGCAAAGAAACUUUGGCACUGAGCAUAUCUAUGCUUGCGAAAAUCUGGAAACCGGAUACGUACUUUUAUAACGGCAAACAGAGCUACUUACACACGAUAACCAGCCCAAACAAAUUUGUCAGACUCUAUCAAGAUGGCAGAGUACUCUACAGUUCUAGGCUUACAAUCAAAGCAGGAUGUCCGAUGAACCUCGAGAACUUCCCGAUGGAUACACAAAGAUGCCCGCUACAAUUUGGCAGCUUUGGUUACUCGAAGAGGGACGUGAUCUACAAGUGGAACAGCGCGAGACAAGUAGCUAUCGCCGAGGACAUGAAAUUAUCUCAAUUCGAUUUAGUUGCCAAUCCGACUGCCAAUUAUUCUGCGUCCCCAACCAUUUCGCACGCGGAGUACUCGAUGCUACUGGUAUAUUUCCAUCUGCAAAGGCACAUGGGCAAUUUUCUUAUACAAGUAUAUGGACCAUGCGUUUUACUGGUUGUCCUUUCCUGGGUGUCCUUCUGGUUAAACAGAGAAGCUACUGCGGAUCGUGUGUCAUUGGGAAUAACAACGGUGUUAACGAUGACAUUUUUGGGAUUGGAAGCACGAACCGAUCUGCCGAAAGUUCCUUACCCAACAGCUCUAGAUUGCUUCGUUUUUCUCUCGUUUGCUUUUAUUUUUGCCACCAUUAUACAAUUCGCGGUGGUUCACUAUUUCACAAAAUAUGGAUCUGGAGAAUGUUAUUUCAGUUCAGAUCUGAGCGAAAGCGAAACCUCCAGCGAUGAGGAAGAACCAGACACGAAGUCGUUGAAGAAAGAACCGAUACCGCAAACUCAUAGAAGAACUUCAGAAAACCUAGCCGCCAAAGGACAUCCUAGCCGAAAUUUCACAAUGAACGAGGAUGGGAUGAUUGAAGUGAUUCCAUUAUCUGCGAUUCCAGAACCCAUCCGGGAUCCUGGAUUGGGCCACUGGCAAGUGCCAUGCGUCUGUAGUCCCACUCCUUCUCGCCAGCCUCCUCCGAGUGGCAAAACUUCCGGAAGGAAGCGACGCAAGAGAACACCUAGAUAUAAUUCCGUUUCAAAAAUCGAUCGGGCUAGUCGUAUCGUGUUCCCUAUGUUCUUUAUGGCAAUCAACGUGUUCUAUUGGUACGCCUAUCUGUCAAGGAGCGAGCGCAUUAAUUAUUAUAACGUGAACUCGAACGACACGUGAGAAUAGUUACUGUCGAACGAAGCAAAGGCAAUCCUGUUCUUGUCACGAAAACUGGAUGAAAAAUUCGUGUCAUUGGUCGACGAAUCUACGAUACCAUAAGCGAGUGUGUAAGAGUAAUUAUUUCGUUAAUCUCGCGUCAGCAAGAGUGUAAGCUAAAUGAGAGUCUCGGCGAACAAGGUUUAAAAACAAAAAGUAGGUAUUGUUCAUAAGCGUGGCACUUAUACGGUUCAGUUUACUACUCACAUCAAUCUUCAGUUUCUGUAACAUAAAUUUUAAAACCGUACAGUUCCCUCCAUUUUAACUUCAACGAACAAGUACACACUUAAUGGCCCAUUUAUACAAAACAGAAGCGGUUGCGUAUUGUGUCCCCAGUACAUAUCUAUUUCCCUCAUCGGUUCCAAACAGAAGUCAAAUGUGCCUGAUAACGCACAGUGUGCCGAACAAUGAAAAAAAAUCAAAAAUUCAAAGUGUAAGAUCUACACAUCUUUUUGUCUUGAAAUGUUAAUAAUAGAACAUAGUUUGUAAUUUGACUUAUAAAUUUGACUAAACAUAUUAAUUUAUUAUUAAAAUUGUGACGUGAAAUUUACUGCAAUAAUGGGUGCAUUUUUUCA